AUGAUGUCGGCUCUGUUGCGUUAUGCUGCCCGCCGCCCGGCCACGCAGGCGUUCCGCCCGGCUGCCCAACAGCAGCGCUCGCUGUGGAUCUCGGUGCCCGAGGGCCAGGACGCGAGUCGCGUGGUCGGCCGCAUGCAGACGAUUCUGGCCGAGGACGGCACGCUCAAGACGCUGUCGCUCAAGCGGUUCCACGAGAAAAAGUGGCAGAAGCGCAAACGCAAAAACGAGGAGCAAAAUAUCCGCCGCGCUAACCGCCGCGUCGGCUCCAUGAUCGACUUCAUCCUGCGCCGCAAGAAAUCGUACGUGUCUCGCUCUACAUGUGUCAAUAGACCCUAA